UUUGAGUGGGUGCAUUAUGGGAAAUGUAGGCAAAUCAACGAAUUCCGAUUGUUACCAAACCAAAACAACAGCGUGCUCAUGUAACUGGAGGAAAAAGGUUACAUAUGCGUAUCGUUGUGGCAGCUAUAUCAUUUGGUGUUCUUGGUUUUUCCUGUCGAAAGGGAGUCAAAUUAUCCAAACGCAGGACCUUUCGUGUGCUUUCCAACGAACUUUCUUCAUAUCACAGGCCCUUUUCGACCCUCCUCUACCCGCAGAAACCCGUCAACAUGUCAGACAAGAAGAAGCGCAAAGCGACAGCCACCGCUGGCGAUGCGGAGCCCAGCGCCAAGCAACCGCGGGAGGACAAGCCGACGAAGGCGGCGGGCUGGCUGCACAGCCUGAUCCGGCAGCAGAGGGAGGACAAGAAGGACAUGAAGUUCAGCAAGAAGAGGCAGCGUUUCAUCAGUGAGACGCAGAAGGUCCGGCAGGGCUCAGGAGGGGUGCUGUACUGGAUGCUGAGGGACCAGAGAGUCCAAGAUAACUGGGCGCUGAUCCGCGCGCAGCAGCUGGCCGCCAAAGAGAGCCUCCCUUUGCACGUCUGCUUCUGCCUGGUGGUGCCAAAAUCAGAGCUGUCCACACUGAGACAUUAUUCCUUUCUGCUGAAGGGGUUGGAAGAGGUUCAAAAGGAAUGCAAACACUUGAACAUCCAGUUCCAUCUGCUGCACGGAGCAGCUGGCGACGUGCUCCCCGGCUUCGUGACUGGCCACAACUUUGGGGCCGUGGUGACGGACUUCUCCCCCCUCAGAGAGCCUCUGCAGUGGCUGGAAGCUGUGAAAAAGGGACUUCCAGAAGACAUUCCCUUCAUACAGGUGGAUGCCCAUAAUAUUGUUCCCUGCUGGGUAGCAUCCCCUAAGCUGGAGUACUCUGCCAGAACCAUCAGAGGGAAAAUCACUAACCUUUUGUCUGAGUUCCUCACCGAUUUCCCUCUGGUGGACAAACACCCGUUCUCAGCCACAAAAACAGCAAAGGCGGUCGACUGGGACAAAACUCUGGCCUCGCUAAAGGUGGACAGAACAGUCGGGGAGCCCAAGUGGGCCAAGCCGGGCACCGAGGCCGGGCUGGCCAUGUUGGAGUCCUUCAUCGACGUGCGUCUGAAACUGUUCGGCACUCAGCGCAACGACCCGAACGCCGCCGCCCUCAGCCAGCUGUCGCCAUGGCUUCGCUUCGGCCAGCUUUCAGCCCAGCGUGUGGCGCUGCAGGUGCGGAAGAAUUCCAGUCCGUCCGUGCCUGCCUUCAUCGAGGAGCUGGUGGUGCGCAGAGAGCUGACGGACAACUUCUGCUUCUACAACAAGAACUACGACAGCGUGACGGGUGCGUACGAAUGGGCUCAGAAGACUCUGAAGGAUCACGCCAAGGACAAGCGAGAGUACCUCUACACCAGAGAGCAAUUUGAGAAAGCGCAGACUCAUGACAAGCUGUGGAACGCAGCUCAGAUCCAAAUGGUAACUGAAGGGAAGAUGCAUGGAUUCUUGAGGAUGUACUGGGCCAAAAAGAUUCUGGAGUGGAGCACCUCGCCGGAGGAGGCGCUCUCCAUCGCUCUGUACCUGAACGAUCGCUAUGAGCUGGACGGUCAGGACCCCAACGGUUUUGUUGGAUGUAUGUGGUCAAUCUGCGGCAUCCAUGACCAGGGCUGGGCAGAGAGAGCGGUUUUUGGGAAAAUCCGCUUCAUGAACUACAAAGGCUGCCUUCGGAAGUUUAACGUGGCGCAGUUUGAGAGGAAGUACUGUUCUAAAAAAGUCUGACAGCAUUUUGACAAAAACUAAAAUGCUUUUUGGAGUGUGCCUUUACCUCAGGAAACUGUUUAAUGGGAGGUUUUGUUUAUUUUUUUCUAUAUAUUUGGACUUGAAGAUGUUUGAGCAUUUUAUGUCUGUUAAACUGUUAGUUUGGGAUCAACCUUUUUUUUUUAGCUAAACUUUUAUACUCUGUUCCUGAUCAUCUUAUGUUGUUCUUUCAAAAUAAAAUACUCUCUGAGGAAA